ACGGUAACGCGUUACUUUUUUAAAGUAACGUUCCCAACACUAGUGAUAGUGAUAUUGAUGUUUCUAAGUUGUUAAAUUUUUUCCUGUCCAUAUCGCUAGAAUCUCAGUUGCUAAAAUUAGUAAAUGAUUCACACAUAGUAUCCUCAUUGCUAACUCACAGAUUUAAUCGCAAGAAGGAGUACUCUGAUGCUUUUGAGGAUAUAUAUGAUCGGGAACAAUAUAAAAAGUACUGCGCUUCUGGAGGAAUACUGUCAUCUCCUUAUAAGUUUUCAUUUUCUUUCUGCACGGAUGGUGUAUCAACUGGGAAGUCAACUAAUAAAUCAUUGUGGCCUAUUUAUGUAACUAUCAAUGAACUUCCAUUUAAAGAUCGCAGUAGAUAUAUGCUUCUUGCUGGACUAUACGUUGGAUCUAAGAAUCCGAAUCAAAUGGUUUUCUUACAACCCUUUUUUGAAGAAGCAUUAAAUAAACUCUCCUCUUUAGGUUUUGUUUGGAUUCACGACGAAAAAGAAGUUGUCAGUAAAGUCAUCCCUUUAUGUGGUGUAACAGAUUCUGUUGCACGGUACCAACUUCUCAACAUGCAAUCUUUCCAUGCAUUUUAUGGCUGCACAUUUUGUUAUGAGAAACAGGAGAAAACAGGCCCAAGAUCGAAAUGCUUUAAUGUCCUCUCUGAGAGAGCAAAUGAAAGAACGGCAGAAUCCACUUAUCAGGAUGCAAAGAGAGCUUAUGAAAGGAAAAAUGAAUCACGUAUAGAUAAGCGGCAUUGGAAGGGUGUCAAAGGCCCAUCUGUUUUGAUGAAUCUACAAUAUUUUGAUUUGAUUUGGGGUUUUGUCAUUGAUUACAUGCAUGCCAUUCUCUUGGGUGUAAUAAAAUGUCAUAUGGAAUAUCUUUUUGAUUCUACUAAAAAGAAAUGUUGGAUAGAUAUGACAAAUCGUGUUUCUUUAAAGAAUUUGACGGACACAAUAGAUAGUCGCCUUCUCAGCAUACAACCUCCAUCAGGAAUAAAUAGAAGUCCUCGUUCAAUCGAACACUGUUGCAAAUGGAAAGCUUCAGAAUGGAGAUCGUGGCUUUUGUUUUAUUGUAUACCAUGCUUGCAAGGUCUGCUUAAAGACAAAUACUUAGCUCAUCUCGCUAUGCUCUCCCAAGAAACUUAUAUUCUCCUUCAACGUUCUGUAUCUUGUACUGAAAUUGAAGAGGUGCAUAAUUUGUUCCUUCAGUACUGCUAUUACUUUCAAAAAUAUUUUAUACCUAAACACACAAUCUACAACCUUCAUCUUCUUAUUCAUGUGUGCAAAUGUGUUAUAAACUGGGGUCCCUUGUGCUCUGUCUACACUGGAGGAUGAUCCUAUUUGUGGCUCAUCCGAUGCCUUGUCUAUACUGGAGGAUGAUCCUACUUGUAGUUCAUCCGAAGACAGUCGAAAAUCAUAUAUUGAAGUUGGUUCAAUCAUGUCAACACCAACCCAAAACUUUCUAAUUAGUUAGGUUAAAUCUGAAUUCUUGGAUAUUUUCGAAUUAUUAU